ACUCUUCCUUAAAGUGUUUGAGUUGUUUUCUCUUUUGAGUAGUUCAAAAAAAUCAAUUGCACAUGAAGAACAUAAUAAAGAACCAUGUUUUAUUGAAUUUGAAAAUGGUGUUCUUCCAGAUUCGGUUACCAUGGUAAUGUAAGGAGAAGCUUUCGUUUUGAACGUGAGAAUCGAGUCGAAACAUGGGAUGAUCUCUUAACAGCCCAAGCUCCAGGAUCAGGAAAACGACACAGCUUGGUACCAACACUCCUAUCCGCGGCCCAUCCCGCCCAUGCUGUGCUGAAAUGGCAUCAUCACAUCGAGCAUAAACAGAAGCAGCCGUAUUGGAUGACUGUCGGUGUAGCCAGUGACGAAAAGGUGAAACGGCCCCAGGCUACCACGUCGGGCAGCAAACGAAGCCUAGAGGUAGGGCCUGACGCAGAGGCAACAUUGGAAGGCAUCAAGCAAAAUUUCCAGAAGACGCAGAAGACGUUGGCUCGAGAAGCAUUGCAGGAUCUUGAACGACUCGAUAGGGACAGACAGCGGGUCAUAAAGCACAAGUUCCAGAUGAUAACGCAGAGCCCUCUCUUUGAGAAAACCCUACUCCUUCUUCAGUCAGCUCGAGCUCAUCAGGCCGGCCUCGUCAUGAAUAUAGAUACUGAUGACGAGAUCAAACUCUCUCCAUGGUACAUGGAUCUGAAGGCGAGUGUUGAGGAGGUUUUGGGCAAGUACGACCCGGAUGUAAUCAGUAUAUUCAACACACUCUCGCAUUUCUCGCUCGAAGAUGGCAAAUCAAUUCCUCAAGCAAAGGAGAAGUUAUGUUUACUGGUGAUGUCGAUGCCGGCAAGCGAUCUCUUAACCAUCCCCAUGCAGCUCGCCAUCGCCUUCGUCCUAGAAGAGAUCUUCUGGGCCGCUCCCCGUGCCUUGGCCCAGUGGCUUCAUCACAAGAAAGUACCCCUCAUCAUCGACAUCGAUCUGCAAGCAACGACCUAGUCAUCCACGGUUUCAAGUUUCGUCUUCCAUUUUGCACUACAAUAGUUAACGGAUGA